AUGGAAAAGAAGCGAAAAAUUGAUAGUGAAUGCAGAAAAUUCAAAGAUCAGUGGAACAUUCAGUAUUUCGUAAUUGAGUCCAGUAACAAGGCGCUAUGUUUGAUUUGCAAUGAAAGCAUAGCCGUUCUCAAAGAAUAUAACAUGAAACGUCAUUAUGAAACAAAACAUUCUCAAAAUUACUCAAAAUAUACAGGAAUUGUGCGGACAGAAAAAUUCGAAGCUUUGAAGUGCGGAUUGAAAUCGCAGCAAUCUUUAUUUACAAAAGUCAAAACUGAACAAGAGGCGGCAACUCGUGCCAGCUUUCGUGUGGCUCUUGAAAUUGCAAAACGUGGAAAACCAUUCACCGAUGGAGAAAUGAUCAAGGAAUGCAUAAUUGCAGUAGUCGAAGAAAUGUGCCCUGAAAAGGUAAAUUUAUUAAAAACUGUCAGUAUGUCAGCAAACACUGUGGCUCGAAGGGUACAAAACAUCGCUGAAAAUAUAUCCUCUCAACUGUUCGACAAAAAUGGACAUGUUGAGUGGUUUUCUUUGGCCUUGGAUGAGUCAACGGAUGUGUCAGAUACUGCUCAGGUGUUGAUUUAUAUUAGAGGAGUAGAUAAAAGCUAUGAAGUGCACGAAGAACUUCUUGAUAUGUAUAGUAUUCAUGGCACAACUACUGGUAUCGAUAUUUUUAAAGGAGUUGAAAUGGCCAUUAAUAAAAAGAACCUUCGAUGGAAAAACUUGAAAUGUAUUACAACUGAUGGAGGCAAAAACAUGAGUGGGAAAGAUAAAGGAGUGGUCGCUCUUGUGUCAAAGGCUGUAGAAAAUGACGGCGGCUCAAAACCAUUAACGUAA